AUCCCGAGAGAAAUAAAGGUGUUUUAUACAACCUUGUACGACAAGAGGAAGGACCCCAAGGUGAAAGCCAGCCUAAAGGCCUUCCAUUUCGCAUUGAAGUGCUGUGGUCCUAAUGGUGUUCCCGAAUCUGAUUAUCAAGAUACCUGCCCUGAAGACCCCAUGCCAUGCCCACAAGCCAUUGAAGACUUCUUCAAAACCAAGUUGAAUGUGAUUGCAGCCGUUGGCAUUGGCGUUGCGGUGGUGAUG